AUGAUAUCUAGUCGUUUAACUAGUGUCCUGCUAUUCGUGGUCUCGUUGGGUUUCUUGGCUUGCGCUGCGCCGAGUCCGUACGGUCAAUCGGUUGAUGCAGUUGCUUAUCGGAGAGAUACUGGGAGCAUGGCGUCACUUACUUUGCUUGAAGGGGUGACGAGAAAAAAGCUCGAUGAAUCCAUGAGGGUGACGACCAUUGAAGAGGCCAAGAGCAUACUGAACACGACAACAAUCAACGUCAGGUCAACGACGGAAUCUUUGGUUAAAAAGGCCAAGCUCAACCCCAGUGCUCCGGCGAACACUGAUCUCGCAGUUCGCACGGCUUCCAUUGUAUCUCUCUGCACAAAGAUAUCAAAUCUUCUCUCUCAGAAGGUUGGCCAUGAGGCAGUUGCCUCCUCUGCUGCAGACGUCGAUUGCGCUUUGGCCGGUCUCCUAGGCAAAGCAAACAAGAUGGCAGGCGAACUUUCUCAGACAGUUGCCCCAAAGCUCGAUGUCAAGCCCGAGGCGCUCAAGACCGCUAACUUCUUGGAAUCUGCCAAGUUACUGGGAUUCAGUGUCUCUGAGUAG